AUGUCGUGGCAAACCUAUGUAGAUGAUCACUUGAUGUGUGACAUUGAAGGUACUGGUCACCAUCUCUCUUCUGCAGCCAUCCUCGGGUUCGAUGGUAGUGUCUGGGCUCAGAGUCCCAAUUUCCCUAAGUUUAAAGCAGAGGAGAUAACUAACAUCAUGAAAGAUUUCGAUGAACCUGGACAUCUAGCUCCAACUGGUCUAUUCCUUGCGGGUACAAAAUACAUGGUCAUUCAAGGAGAACCUGGUGCUGUUAUCCGCGGGAAAAAGGGUCCUGGUGGAAUAACUAUUAAGAAGACUGCACAGGCACUGAUUUUUGGUGUGUAUGAGGAACCAGUGACUCCAGGACAGUGCAACAUGGUGGUGGAGAAAAUUGGUGAUUACCUUGUUGAUCAGGGAUAUUAAUUAGUCACUAAUAAAAUUGAUUAUGGCAUAAUUGAAUUUUGUUGUAUUUUGUGAUUGCAUAUGUAUUUUCUAGGGUCAAAUUGGCUCUGGAGUUUUUUUUUUUUGUUUAUGGGAAAAUAAAAAGCAGCAUGAGAUAUUUUCUCUUUUAGGGUUGCUAUAUAUAUUUCCCUUUUUUUUUUUUGGUUAUAAAGUUUACUUCAACAA